AUGUCAAAUCUGACAAAGCUAGAAUUCGUGGCUCUGGAUAUUUCUGGCAAAAAUUAUUUAUCGUGGAUUCUAAAUGCUCAGAUCUAUUUGGAUGCCAUGGGCCUUGGAGACACAAUUAAAGAAAACAAUGAUGCAUCAUUGCAAGAUAAAGCAAAGGCCAUGAUUUUCUUCCAGCGCCAUAUUAUCAUCCUCCCAAAGGUCAGGGCUGAUUGGCUGCAACUGAGGUUGCAAGAUUUUAAAACUGUGGCUGAAUAUAACUCUACUUCAUUCAAAAUCAGCUCUACGUUGAAAUUAUGUGGUGAUACUGUUACUGAUGAACUUUUGCUAGAAAAAACAUUUACCACAUUUCAUGCCUCGAAUGUACUCUUGCAACAACAAUAUCGAGAGCGUAGAUUUAAAAAAUAUUCAGAGCUGAUAUCAUGUUUGCUUGUGGCAGAGCAAAACAAUGAGCUUUUGUUGAGAAACCACCAGUCCCGUCCAACUGGAUCGACACCGAUUCCUGAAACAUAUGUUGCCUUAUCCCGUGGACGCGGACGCGGACGCGGACGUGGACGUGGUCGUGGUGGUAGAAAUGAAUAUGGUCGUAGCAAAAAUAACUACCACAAUAAUGAAUAUGGUCGUGGUAGAAAUCAUUCUUAUUAUCGUGAAGGAUAUCAAUCCUCACAUUUUCGCAAUCAGAGAUCCACACCAUAUCCUCAAAGGAAAGAUCAUCAUGAAAUGAAAUAA